UGUCAAUUAUAUAUCAUGUGGGAGGAGUCUUGGGAAGGUGGAGUUUCUGCUCAGGAGUAGUAUAUUGAUCUCAGGAGAGAUCUUCUAGCCUUACUUUUAUUUUCACUGUUUCUUUGUCUCUUCCAAUUUUUUGGAAUAAUUCAUCAAUGUGUUGGAAAUAGCGUCGUAGUUCGUGCCAGCUGGUUCGUUCGUACCUCACUUCGCAGAUCUCUUUGUGAUGGGGUGUGUCGUCACCGGUUAAUACCGAAACACAGUGCAGCGAAACCUGGUUCUUGCAGAAAUUUGUUGCUCUGAUGCGGUAUUUGCAUUGCAGAGAUGUACUGCUCCAUUUACCUGUACACAUCCGGGGAAAAGAAGUCCAUUCUAAUAAUGUAGUCAAAAUCCUUGCACCAUUUUCUGAACUUUUUCCAGUCACACUCGUUAAAAGUUACGCUCUCAGUAGCGCAGCUCCAGCGGAUGUGACCCGGGACCGAGAACUUGAAAAGCACAACAGUUCCUUUUUCUGCAUUGAAAAAAAAAUCCGGCUGUACAUCCGUUUGACAUUACCCAAUAUUGAAUCUUUUCAUGCUCUAAAUUUUUUUGUAAUCUUCCCAAAAAAGAGUGAGUUGUUUUCGGUGCAUCAGGACAAGCAGCAGACAUGUUGUAAGCUCACACAUGAUCUUCGAAGUACAGAGUAUUUUUAAACCUAGAGCGUGGGUGAGGCCUUCUUCUUCUAUAAACUUAUGGUGCUUAUAAUGUCACCUACCAGAUCAAUUUUAUUUUCUUUUGUUCUGAUUGGACAGGGUGCGUGUGUGUGUGUGCGUGGGUGUGUGUGCGUGUCAUAUUUUUGGUAGGAUGUGUACAGAAAUUCAUUAUUAAACAUUUACUUAUUUUUCAUCAUCCUUAUGUGUGUGUGGCUGUGUGUGUGGCUGUGUGUGUGGCUGUGUGUGUGGCUGUGUGUGUGGCCAUGUUGGAUUCAGCCAGAUCAGUAGUCUUUCUAAAGUCAGGUGUAAGUGGAAGUCGAGGUGAUGAACUGUAUUAAUUCUGGAUCUUAAAUUAUUCUCCUUAUACUCAUUACUGACGUUUCAGUAACUGAACCUUUAACCAGAAAUGUUUUAAUGACUGGAUUUAUAGAAGUCUAACAUCUCUUACAGCCCUGAUAAAGAAAGCAUCAAACUCUUUAGUUUAUAUCUCUCACUUUAAACCACAGUGCUGUUUCCAUUAACACUGACACAUCACAUGACAUUAAACUUCUUCUAUCAGAGAGGUUCCAGCACACAGGACUGAUCGAGCUCCAGUAUAUCAUAUCUGUAAAGUCAUGUGACUCAUCACAGCAUCAGAAUAGACAAGAAUUCACUGUGAGCUUCACAUCUCAUUACAGCUAAUGGACCAAUCAAAUCAGUCCACAGCUUCAAAACAUCCAAUCAGGCGUGAGUCUGGACCUGCUUUUCUACUGAACUCACAAGUUCAUUACCUCACUAUCACUUUGUCUAAACAGGAACGAUGAUCACACUCUUUGUCGCGCUUUACUCUCUUUUUUCUCUCUGCACAGCUGGAAAAACUUCUGACAUCAAGGAGCUUCAUGUGAAAACAGUAAAGCGUGGAGAAAAUGUAACUAUGGAGUGUAACAUGAGCAAGGGCAAAAACAAAAAUAAUUUAGCUUGGUACAGACAGAGUUUUGGAAAAGUGCCUCAGUAUUUUGUAAGAUAUUACGGGUCUAAUAGCUACACAUUUGCAGAGGGAUUUAAAGAUAGCCGCUUCAGUAUGACUGUAAAUGACCAGAAGUUUGAUCUCAACAUUAUCGUAACGAGAGAAGAUGAUGGAGGAGAAUAUUUCUGUGGAGAAGUGGAGGGAAAUACACUAAAGUUCACAUCUGGAACACGUCUGCAAUUUGAAGGUGAAGAGAUGAAACACUGUCCUACACCUGGAACGGUUAACAACAACACAGAUUCUGUUACAGGGUCCAAUGAGGGUUCAAAGAGCAGUGAUGGAGAAGGUGAAGAGAUGAAACACUGUCCUACACCUGGAACGGUUAACAUCAACACAGAUUCUGUUACAGGGUCCAAUGAGGGUUCAAAGAGCAGUGAUGGAAAAGGAGACAACUUUUGGAUUAUUGUCCUAACGACCUCCAUUAUAAUAUCUCUCAUUGUAAACGUGGUUCUGCUUGGAGUUUUAUAUAAAAAUCAGAGAAAAGGUGCUUCAUCAAGAAACCAUCAAACUCCCACCAAUCAGGCUGAUGAUGAAGAUGUCUUGAACUAUGCAGCUGUGAGUUUUGCUAAGAAACCUUCAUCCUCCAGAACAUCCAGAGACAAGAGCCAUGAAGACGUUUAUGCACAAGUUAAAAUAAAAUAGAUAAAGACAAAUGACUUCAGACUUGAAACACAACCAAAAUGUAAGUGUUAUUGCCGUUUCCAUGGUGACUCCUAACAUCAUUCAUCUACUGAUUUGCUUCACUUGAUGGAUGAAGCUUUAAAAAAUAUUUCUGAUCAAAAUCCUACAUCCUGCUGUUUUUUUCUUUCUUGAAUGAAAGUCUUAUAUUUGGGAUUUUUUCUCAGCAUUUUCUCUUGCACAUGAUUUCCAGAAUGUAAAAGAACAUUUUGUUUGAUUCUGAAGGUUAAAGUAUUAAAGGACGGCUCAUGGUUCACAUCUUGCUUUAACUUUUGUUUUUAAUUUAUUUUGCUUUGAAACAUAGGAGUUUUAUAAAGAGGAUAAAUCUGGUGAAUAUCGUAAUUAAUGUAGAUUAUCUGAACAUUUAGUAGUCAGUACAUCUGUAAAUGUAAAACUUUUAUACAUUUGAACAAUUUUCCAGAAAUACUGAGGACCUUCAAGAGGGCUGAGUAUAAAGACGAGUGUUUACUGCAUUACUGAUGAGAUUCCACUGUUUAACCUGAAAUUAAUCUCCAGGAAAUAAAUAUUCAAUUUCAUUAGAAAUGUAUAUUGAUGACUGAUGAAGUGUCGAGGUUUUCUUUAUCUUAAUGUUUUUACACAAUUUACAUUGUGCCUCCUUAAUAAAUUCCACAAAUGCCAUAUU